AAAAUUAUUCUUUGGUUCCCCUCAAGGAAACAAAAGCUUUCAAACAGAUGAAGUAGCACCAGCAGAUAAGAGCAAAAUCAUCAAAUACUAUAUGCUUUUCAUUACCCAUCCACUUCCAAAUAUUCCAAAAGUCACUUCUCGGUUACCGCCCUUUUUGUCUUUCUGAUUAUUUCCGAUGUGCACAAUACAAAAGCAGUACCAUGAGUUCCGCACACUAGUGGGCGUAUCGUUUAAACGCAAUAUAAUAUCUUUCUGCUCCGUCAGAAAUCAAUCCCAGAGAAUAGCACAUAUCUGAAAUGAAAUUCGGGAAGGAGUUCAAGACCCACCUAGAGGAGACCAUCCCGGCGUGGAGGGACAAGUUCCUCUGCUACAAGCCCCUCAAGAAGCUCCUCAAACACCACUUUCCCAAUCCCGCCACCCCAGAUUCCGAUCUUCAUCCGAACCAUCUUAAUAAUACUAGCAGUACUGAUGGUCUCGAUAAAAAACCCACCUUGGCGGACCUCCAAGAAUGGUUCAUUCUUAUUCUCAAUGAAGAGCUCGACAAGUUCAACGAUUUCUACGUUGAUAAAGAGGAAGAAUUCAUCAUACGCUUUCAGGAGCUGAAGGAAAGAAUAGAGCAAGUUAAGGAGAAGAGCAGCAAAGGUGGAGUUUUCACAUCAGAGAGUGAAUUUAGUGAAGAAAUGAUGGAGAUUCGGAAGGACUUCGUCACCAUUCAUGGGGAAAUGGUGCUUCUAAAAAAUUAUAGCUCCUUAAAUUUUGCAGGGCUAGUUAAGAUCUUGAAGAAGUAUGACAAGCGAACUGGGGGACUGUUGUGUCUACCAUUUACCCAACUUGCCCUUGAUCAACCUUUUUUUACAACAGAAACGCUCACAAGAUUAGUCCAUGAGUGUGAUGAGAAUCUUGAACUCCUUUUCCCAUUGGUAGCAGAAGUUAUUGAAUCUAAUCCUUGUACGAAAGAACUAUCAAGCCCACCACCAUCUAAUGCAGCAAAUAUCUCACCCAAGACACCAUCAACUCUUGCAGAGGAAACUGUGGAUCUAUACCGUAGCACUAUUGCGGCAAUGAAAGCAAUACGAGGCCUUCAAAAAGCAAGCUCCACCAGCAAUCCAAUGUCAUUCUCAUCCCUUUAUAGAAACCGGGAGGAUGAGAGUAAUGGUGCUGUAACUGCUGAAAACUCUGCUUCAAACUCUUCAGCCUCCUUGCAUACUGGGAAAGAUGGUGAUCAUGAGGAUUCACAUUCCGUGUGACAGAGAUCGUCUCUGUGGUUGCUGUAGUGUGCUUCUUUUAGCUUCUAGUUCUUGAUACAAGCUGGAACUGAAAAACUGGUCUCCAUGGCUCUGGGUAGAAUUAGUUCCACAACCUUAAUAAAUUGUGAUUCCAAUGUGCCGAGUAAACUUGCGUGGCAUUAAGUUGAAUAUUUUAAUUGGCAGAUUUGAUUUCUGUGCAUGGAUUUGUAGAAUAACACUGGUAAUUUUUCUGCUGGUUCUUAUAUGAAAAAAAUAAAAUAAAAUCUGCUGGUUGAUGAA